CCAAAAAUAAAAGUAGCGCUUUGAGUCUGUAUUUAUUUAGCCGGAGUUGUGAAGCUGAACUAAACUGAGGAUGGAAGAUGAAGAUGUGUCCGAUAACUGGGAGGACGCUGCGGACAGCGGGGAGAUUGAGAGACGGCUGGAGGCCAAACUGAAGAUCAAUCAGAAAUCAAAUAGCCAAAGUUUGCCUGUUAAGACGGCGGUGGUGAUUCAGGACGAAUCUCUGCCUGCGGCCCCCCCUCCGCAGAUCCGGAUCCUGAAGCGGCCCCCCAGUAACGGCUCUCUGGGGCCACAGGCGGCAUCGCGGCCGGCGCAGCAGGUGAAGUCUUUGGCUCAGAGAGAGGCGGAGUAUGCCGAGGCGAGGAGGAGGAUUCUGGGGAGCGCAGAGGAGCCAUCUCAGGAAAGACCAGACACGGACAGGUCUGCCCCUGCCGGAGCUCCACUGGUGUCAGAAUCCCUGCGCCCAAACAAUCACAUCAUCCGCCAACCGCUGGGGCCGGACGGCACCACAGGCUUCCGCCUCAGCAGAUAGAGAGAGAUAGAGAGAGAGGGCGAGAGACAUAAACAUAAGGAGAGAGAUGGAGAUGCUACCCUGUGCAAUAGUAAGUUCUAAACGGUUUGGAGGCAGAAUUAAAGCAGGUUUGGAGAAGUUGCCUUGAGGAAUGUAGGAGCAAGAGCUGGCUGGCUCUGGUCCAGACCUUCUCUCCUCCUGCUUUCUUCUGUGCUCCUGCUGGAUGUGCAAAGAGGGCUCCUCAGCGUGCGUCAAGGCGCAGUCAAAGCAUCAAUCUGGCCUGGCCACAGAUUCUCUCUCCAUGUCAGGACUCUACACACUGUGCGCCUUUCGAUAACACUCCCCUUGGUCACUUUUCGGAGUUACAGACACUCCAGUGUGGGGGAAUCAGAGUGGAAGCCCCAGUCAGGAACUGCUCCAGCUGAGAGAGCUUACAAUCUGGGUGAAACAUGAGUGAUGAUGAUCUAGACUGUGGUUUCUACUGUAGUCACAGCUGUAGGCUUUUAAAAUGUAGUUUAGACCAACACCUCUAUGGUAUGGAGUGUUUUCCUACUUCAUCACACCUGUAUGAACACACCCUAUAAGCUAAUUGACCUAUUCAGGCUCCGCCCACACAUGCUUUUUCUUAGCUGCUGUUUAAAGAAUCCCAUUUAACCUAGUUCAUUUAGGUUGGAGUUAAGAUUCACUAUAUAAUGUUGAGUUUCCAGCAAAAUGCUACACUAAUGGGCUGCACUGUGUUGUAGCCAAUCCAAACUAAGCAGCCUGGAAACUGCAACAGAUUUGCCACCAUGCUGACGUUACCUCGACUACUAACGAAACUGUUAUGGUCAUUAAGGCCUGAUGCUGAUAUCUGUACUUUUCUGUCGACCUCGAUACAUAAACAUUGAUAAAAUGUGGAAACUGAGACUAAAUUUACCUGGAUUAGUGUAACAGAGGGCUCCAAAUGCAGUAAAAUUAAUGAAACGCAGAUGUUUUAGUGCAGUAACCCAGCGUCACCUAAACGCUCUGUGCUUCUGGAGUUCAAUAAAUACAUCAUCAAAUAUCAGUCUGAAAUAUCGGCCAAAUCUAAACAUCUUUUGCGAUGCCAAUAUUAUAUCAUUGUCCAUCACUACUGAUCUCACGACUUAAAAGCUGAACCUGAUAUGAGCAGAUAAAUACAUAAAAUAAACAUCAUUUAUAAUAAAUAACUGACUCUAAAUGUAGGUAUUGUGAUAUAAACUGAGUCUGUUCUACAGUUUCUCAUUAGAUUGAAUGAAUAACUGACUCUAAA